GCUACUGUCUCUACCGAGACUUUUGGAAAUUGCCAGUCAAUUGGCAAUUAUCGUCCAUUCGAAUUGGAACUUUGCCUAUUUAAUGCAUGUAUCUUUCUCUUGUGUACAUUCAAAACUAAAUUAUGGACAAAGGGAUAAGUCCGGAUUAUCAGAAACCUCACCCACAAGAUCGACGAGCUCGGGUAGCUUCCUGGCAGAUGCAUUCAACGGCGGCGCGUCGUCCAUUCAGACGCCCUCGGGUGUGCUGUGCAAUCUCGAGGAGGAAGAGGAGGAGGAGAUCCUCGGCAAUGACGUCGAGGAAGCGUGCGCCUUCAGCUCCCGGCUGUCCAAGGCUCUGCCGGAGGUGCUCAAGGACAAGAGCGCCCUGGGUUACUUCAUCCAGUUUAUGGACACCAGAAAGCGCAUAGCCCUCAUCAAGUUCUGGCUGGAGGUGGAGUGCCUGUGCAGCGCAUCCGGGAUGCCCGACGCACAGAUAGUCAGACAGUCGAAUCAAAAGGAGAUGCUGGACGCCUUGCCUACUUCGUUGGACGAUAACGAAAACUUCAGCUGCGACACGCUCGACGGCGGCGAUGUAGAUACGCGAACGGGCGGGGGGGUACCGUGCGACGAGAGAGCGGGCGAUGCGACGUCCAACGGUAUGCCAAAGACUAGUCAAACGGCGGGUGAAACGCGACAAUCAAAUCACGAUUGCGGAGAUAAUAGGAGACACGACGCGACGACGACCAGGCAGGACGCUUUGAGAAUUUACAGGAAGUACGUUCUCAAGGAGGCUCUGGGUGUAAAUCAAAUAUCCGAGGAGUUGAAGCUAGAUAUGGAGAGGGCCAUCGUCCAGGAAAACAUUGAGCCUAUAUUACGGUGCCUAUCUGCUGUUCAAAGCAUAGUAUACGAUAUAUUAGAAAACGAGUAUAUUAAUGAUUUUUUACGAAGCGAAUUUCACUGCAAGCAUCAAAUCGACGUGCUCACCAGUGGCAAUGUACAACUAGCAGAUAUAUUGUACAACGAGACAGCGUUCUUUUACUUUAUGGAGUUCAUGGAACUCGAGAAUAAGCGAGAGCUGUUGGAUUUUUGGAUGUCGGCUAUAAGUUACAAACAGAAUCUCUUGGAGAAGAAGGGAGCGGCUAAUCCUGAAGAAGCGCAAUCUGACGCCGUUAUUAUAUAUGAGAAGUAUUUUAGCUUACAAGCGACCAUGCCUCUUGGAUUUAGCGACAAGAUUCGUUUCCAUGUGGAGCAGAAUAUCUGCCGCGAGGACGCGGGUGGCCCACAGCCGGAUUGUUUCGAUAGACCCAGUAAAAUUGUAUAUAAUUUUCUCAAUAAGCAUUAUCUCCCGGCGUUCUUAUCGUCACAGCUGUAUUAUAAAUACUUAUCGGAGCUAAUCAGCACGAUUCAGACCAGUCCGUGUCCGAGUUUACAUUCCAAGAUAAGAAGAACAGGUUCAGAUUGCAGCAGCGAAGUAAGCUCCGUGUGUACUAGUAUGCCAAGUAUUUCUCAAAUAGGAAAUAAUGGCAGCAGAUUACCUGAUAAUAAGAAAACUAUCAGUAGUCACUUGAACAUCGACACCAGGCAACUUUACGAUCCAGAUUCCCUGUGGCGACGUAAUAAAUAUAGGUUGAGCAUUGGUUACGUCGACUACUUAGGUAGAUUUAUUACUGAAAUCGAGCCAGAUCCUCAAAGGAAAUAUGAAUCUCGCCUAACUCGUGUUGUAAAACGAUUUGUAAAUAUAGAACAAGAUAAGGCUAAAGAGGAGUUAGCAUGGAGAAUCGCCGAGAUGAUCAUUCGUGAAAUCACGUCUCUAACGCUUGGCGCUUCGAAUCUUCCCUCUUGAUGGUGUGAACUUGACCUGAUGAUUCUGAGGCUUAAUUUUUCCUCAAGUAUAAGAUAUCUUAUGUAUUUUU